ACACGUGCUCUUGUAGUUUGCAGUGUUUAAAAUUAAAAUUAUAUUUUUCUGCAAUUAUUGAUUUCAUUUUAUUUUAUUCUAUUUCAUUAUUUCUGAUUUAUGCAUUAAUUAUAGCGCAAUUAUUAUAGAUUCAAUCAUUCAAUAUAUGAUAAAUUCUAACCUUAGCUUUAAUUUGUAUCGUAUAUCUGUAAAUAAAUUUAUUAUUAAUUACAUGUUUGACAUUGAUCUUUCAUAAUGUUUUCUAUUUCUCGUUUCCUAAAUAAGUAGUUGCUUUUGGUAAUAAACUUCAUGUUUCCGUGAGUUUAUCAGAAAAAGGUUAUGCUAAAAGUUUGUUUCACUCAAUUAAUUCGUACACGAAAUAUGAGUAUGUUUAUCCAAUGCCUGAAUCCUUUAAUUGGGACUGCUAAUUGGGAGGAAAAGGAUGAAAAUUAUGAUUAUCAUCAAGAAGUUGCUAGAUCAGCAUUUGCUGAUAUGUUACAUGACCAUGAAAGAAAUCAGAAAUAUUACCUAGCUCUUAAAGCAGCGAUUGAGAAAAAACAUAAAGAUGGAGAAGAAGCUAAUGUACUUGAUAUAGGAACUGGAACUGGUUUAUUGUCAAUGAUGGCUGCAAGAUGUGGAGCAGAUAGUAUAACAGCUUGCGAAACUUUCACACCAAUGGCUAAAUGUGCUAUAAAAAUAAUUCAAGAGAAUGGUCUUGAAGACAAAAUUAAAUUAAUACACAAGCGUUCCACAAGAAUGACUAUUGGAAAGGAUGGUGAUAUGAUAAAAAAAGCAAACAUUUUAGUUACUGAAGUAUUUGAUACCGAACUUAUUGGAGAAGGAGCACUUUCUACAUUUCGUCAUGCCCAUGAAAAUCUCCUUGAAGAAAACAGUAUUGUGAUUCCACAUACUGCCACCAUUUGGGUACAAGCAGUGGAGAGUCCAACUGUAUGCUCAUGGAAUACAGUACAUCCCCUCCAAAAUAAAAGUAAAUAUUUACUAAGUACCCCAUGUUCUAUAAAAUCUUGUUCUGGAGCAGCUGCAGUACAUGAUAUACAGUUAACACAAUUUCCUGAUAAUGCGUUCAAACCUUUAUUACCUCCUCAGCCUAUCUUUAGGUUCGAUUUAUCUGGUAAAUCAACUCUAUUAUAUAAUGAAAAAAAGUGUUUGCAUGUAAAACCAAUUACAAAUGGUACUGUACAUGCUAUUUUUAUGUGGUGGGAUUUAGUUAUGGACGUAAAUAAUGAGAUUCUGUUAAGCAGUGCUCCAGUGUGGGAACAUCCAGAUACAAAAAUUUUAAAAAAUAAAGGUUUCAGUUUGCAAGAAAUAUCAGAUGCAAUACCCUGGAGAGAUCACUGGAUGCAAGCUAUUUACUAUUUACCUGUUGAAACCUUAGUUACUGUUAACAAAGAAGUUAGCCUGAUUGGAUAUCAUGAUGAAUAUUCAUUAUGGUUUCAAUUAAUGAAUGAAUCAAUUCUUGUUUGCAGAAAUGAAGCACCAGAUUGUGAAAGACCUGUUUGCAGCUGUAAUGUACAUGUAGCUUAUUGUAGAACUCGUAUAGGACAAUUAAAUGAUCAUAUACGAAAUGAAAAAUAUAUCAAAGCUCUAGAAAAAGAAGUUACACCUGACACAGUGUGUUUAUGUCUUUCAGACGGCUCUCUAUUGAGUCUUGCAGCUAUUCAAUUAGGUGCGAAAAAGAUUUUUAUCUUAGAGACAAACUUUUUGUCUCGGAAAUGUAUCGAAAUGUUUGUUAAAACGAACGAGCUAUCAGAGAGAGUAGAAAUUGUUGAAUCAAUAAACGAUUUGCCUCCUGAAAGUGCAAUUAAUUUAAUUUUUGGUGAACCAUAUUUUAUCACUUCAAUUGUACCUUGGGAAAAUCUUUACUUUUGGUAUCUAGUAUCAAGAUAUUCACCUCAAAUACAAAGAAUUCCAAUCGCAGCAACAAUAAUGGGCGUUAUAGUUGAAUUUAAGGAUUUGCAUAAAAUACGAGCACCUCUUGGAGUUUGUGAGGAUUUUGACUUAUCUAUUUUUGACAAACUUAUACAAACAUCAAGUGAUAAAAGUGAUAGUUCUGUAGAAGCUCAACCAUUAUGGGAAUAUCCUGCCAAAGCAUUAAGUUUACCUUUUGUUAUUAAAAAAUUUGAUUUAACGCAAGAUGUCAAUAAAUGUGAGAAUGUUAAUAUUUCAGAAAGUGUACCCAUUUUAACAAGUGGAAUGUGUAAUGGUGUAGCCUUAUGGGUUGAUUGGCAAUUGAGUUCCGAAAUCACAGUAUCAUCAGGACCUACUGCCGAAGUACAAUUUGGAAAGCGAAUAUCAUGGGACCCAUUUACAAGACAAGGUGUACAUCUAUUUAGGGACAUAACACAUGUUACACAACAAAGUACUGUUUUAUGGUCAUUUAGCUUUGUACCACGAUACGGAAAUAUUACAUUUGAUUUUCGUAUCUUAAUUAAUUAAUUAAUUAA